ACAGCUAUCGUUGCCGCUGUCUGGCAGAACAGCCUGUCUAGGCGAGGCGUAGUGGGGUGUAUAUAUCAAGCAGCACGUGCCGGCUCCCGCCCCAGACACACUGGACGCCCAUCAACGCGACUACGGGGUGGCGCAAUCCCAAGCGCGAGGCGUGUGGUGACCCUGCUCUCGAUUCCGCGACAACUUUACCGGAACAUGUUUACCAUCUUCGUUUCUCAGUCGUUUUGGCCGGCACGAUCAGAAUGUUUUCAGCCCCCCUAUGAGUUGAACCUGUCUUGUCGCUGCGCCCCUAGCAGAUAAGCAUCAAUUCGUAACCAGAAACCCGGCACACAUCGCAACUGCCCAUAUCUGGGCUCUCCAUCGGAUAUCAUCAAUAACCCGCUUGCGCAACCCGCUCCGUCAGCAGAACGACAGGCAGCUAUCACCCACUACCUACUUUACUGAUCGAUUCAUGUGAAGAAUAUUGGAAAUGGCGACACCCGACGCGACAGGCAGCGUAAGGAAGAAACUUACGACGUACGGAAAGACCUCUCGGAAGUCCUCAAAGCCUGUUUUUUCCCUGAGCGCAUCAUCUGACCGCACACAAGUUGUUGCGGUACCUCUGGAAGAAGUACAUCAACGGUCCACUACUACAGCUGUGGCGAGCAAGGCCACUAAAGACAACGACAAGGCUGCGAGACCAUUGAUAGGCAGCCAAAGAGCGGAUGCAUCACCGUCAUCCAUAACACACCACGAUGCGCCCCAAAAGCUGCCUGGUGCAGCUGUGAAAUUAGGGAAUAAAAAAAGAGCUUCACCAGAUACUUACGGAGUUCUCACCCAAGCGCCAACAUCUAGUGCGACACGACGGUCAACACGCGUCCCGAUGAAGGAUACUUCAGCAUCUGAACGCCUACUUCAAGUCGAACGAACACAGGCGGCUUCCAUCGACAGGAAGGUCCGUCUCAUCGACCGAUUAGUCGCGCAAGCUAUCGACAGUGCCGAACUCGAUUCUGAACAGGCCAGUCAACCGUCCGAUAGUUUGGAGGGGUAUACCGGACAGGCAUUGGUGGCAAGCGAAAGCAACAGCACGACACCCAGAAAAAGUCAGGAUGAUAUCCCAAGACUGGGAGCGCAACGAGCGACACCCGACUCGAGAAAACGCAAGGCUAGGGUCACGUAUGGUCAGCAGCGGACCAUGCGCACCGCAGUCGAUGUGAUGCACGAAGGAGCUGGAACUGCGAAUCGUUCUCACGAGGGGAGCUAUAAUCGCAAUUCCCCACCUCCCGCAAAAUUCGCCAAGAUGGACUCGUUCUCGCUAUACGACGACCCGUCGGACGACGAUGUACGACCAACCAAGAACGGUAUUCUCAGCCUUCAUGCACUGAGACAGGCUGGCGCAAACCAUCGUUUUGCAGAUGAGUUGAGUGACUUGGCGGAAAGGAUAGGAUCUCCUAAGUCGCUGCAACCCGCAUCGACACGCUCGAGGAGAACUGCAAUUUUAGAGCUCGGCGCAAAACUCCAGGACGACAAAUUCGUUGGCCGCUUGUGUGAUUAUGGACCAAAAGAGACAUUCUUCCAAGAUCUUGCAGCCGAGGAGGAUAUCAUCAAUGCGUUCGUCAUAUUGUCCUCUGCUCUUGUCCUCAUGGCAUCGUUGUCAGUACCUCAUCUCGUCGACCAUCUCUUAUCGAGUGGUGUGAUUCGAAUACUGUCCACAAUGUUGGCCUUGGACGAUGACAUCAUGGAGAUAGCAAGACAAAAGGCGGCCAAUCUUUCGAAACGCGGCCUUGCUUCCAUGGAAAUGUUGCGCGGUACAAUAUUACAGCUUGGGGUUAACAUGGCUCUUCUGCUACUGCAAGAGCACUCCGUCGUAGCUAUGGAGUCAAAGAUGAGCCAACGAUGGAUUACAGAAUACCUUCCCACCGUAGCCUUCUUUUUAUCUGGUCUGCUUACAUCACCGGGGGACGACUUCCGAGAGUCGAGGUAUCUGACUCUCAAGCUUGCCAUGAACACAACGAAUAACAACCCAAUAUCGGCCUCCAUUUUUGGACAUGGUCGUUUGAUACGCCAGUUGGCGACUGCAAGCCUCUCGCGCUUCCACGAGCUACACGCAAUUGUCGGCCGUGGGGAGUUUCCGACAGAUGUUCACAGAACGCUCGUACUGCUGCUAGGGCUGCUAAUCAAUAUUUCUGAGCACUGUCCUGAGAGUCGGCAGUCUCUGGCUGCCGAGAUAGACCUCCGGCCCUCAUCACUGGAUGGGCUCGUAACGGUCUGGUUGGAAAACCGCGAGUUAUGUGGUAAAAGACUCAUGUGCGCCAACGCCUGA